GCUUCGGAGGCUGAGGUGGGAGGAGGCCGCGCCCAUGGGGUCUCAGCAUCCGCCACUGGCCGCCCUGUACCUGCUGGAGCUGCUGGUCACUUCCUGCCUCGGAGGGCUCAAGGUGGAGGAGCGAGGGCUCGCCGUGAGACUGAGCGGCUCUGGCUCACCGUGUCAGGGCCGUCUGGAGGUCAGCAACGGGACAGAGUGGUAUGCAGUGCACAGCCAGAGCUGGGGCCAGUCUUCACUCUACCAGGUGAUGCCCAAGCAGUUCUUGAAGCUGUGCCAGAAGCUGCAGUGCCGGGACCCUUUGUUACUCUCUUCAUUGCAUCACUUCAAAGACAGGCCAUUCCAGAAGCUGAUGAUCUGCCAUGGACAGCUGGGGUCCUUCUCCAACUGCAGCCUCAACAGGGGACACCAGGUGGGCCCUCUGGCCCUGAUCUGCUCAGAGCCACCGAGGACAACAGCUCCUCCCACGACCUCCCCGCCCACAACCACUCCGGAGCCCACAGCACCUCCCAGGUUUCAGCUGGUGGCAGAGCCCGGGGGCCUGCGGUGUGCUGGCCUGGUGGAGUUCUACAGCGGUGGCCUGGGCGGCACCAUCGGCAUCGAGCCCCAGGAUGAGAUCAAGGACCUGGGGCAACUCAUCUGUGCAGCCCUCCAGUGUGGCUCCUUCCUGAAGCCCCUGCCAGAGACCGAGGAAGCCCAGACACCAAAGCCAGGAGGCCAAAGGCCCUUGCCAAUCCGCUGGGAGAUCCAGAACCCAAGAUGCAGCUCCCUGGAGCAGUGUUUCCGAAAAGUGCAGCCCCGGGAGGGUGGCCAAGCUCUUGGCCUCAUCUGUUCUGAUUUCCAGCCCAAGGUGCAGAGCCGCCUGGUUGGGGGCAGCGACAUGUGCGAAGGCUCCGUGGAAGUGCGCAGUGGGAAGGGCCAGCAGUGGGACACGCUAUGUGACAGUUCCUGGGCCAAGGGCACGGCACGGUGGGAGGAGGUGUGCCGGGAGCAGCAGUGCGGCAACGUCAGCUUCUACCAGGGGCUGGACCCCAGCGAGAAGACCUUGGGGGGCUUCUACUGUCCCCCCGGGAUACUGUCCCAGUGCCACAAGCUUGAGGAGAAAAAGUCGUACUGCAAGAGGGUGUUUGUCACAUGCCAGAACUCCAGCCGAGCGGGCCUGGGCGUGGGCGCCGUGAUGAGCAUUAUCCUGGCCCUCGUGCUUCUGGCGGUGCUGCUGGUCGUGUGUGGCCCCCUGGCUUACAAGAAGGUCGUGAAGAAAUUCCGUCAGAAGAAGCAGCGCCAGUGGAUUGGCCCAACGGGAAUGAACCAGAACAUGUCUUUCCAUCGCAACCACACGGUGACUGUCCGGUCCCAGGCUGAGAACACCACGGCCUCCCACGUGGAGAACGAAUACAGUCAGCCUCCCAGGAACUCCCAGAUCUCAGCUUAUCCAGCUCUGGAAGGGGCCCUGCACCGUAUCUCCACCCACCCUGAUAACUCCUCCGACAGUGACUACGAGCUACACGGGGCUCAGAGGCUAUAAGAGAUCUGUGACCUGGGAACAAAUAUUAAUAGCCAGACUUUUUAUCCUGAGAAUCCUCUGCAGUCACCGCUUGGACGCCACGUCCCACUUCCUGCCCGGCAGGACCACAGGCAGGACUUCCCAACACAUCCCACUGCCCUGCAGAGGCCGGUCCACUCUGACAUCUCCUCACAUCUUCACCAGCCCCCGGGAAGACCCCAGCAUGCCUCAGCUGGCCCCUCCACGGGUGGAAGCUGUGAAAGGGCAGAGCCCAGAAGCAAGCAGCCUUCCCAAGCAGAGACACACGGGGUCUAUACCCGGGCAGCCCCUCCCUCGUCUGUGGACAUCGUCUCUCUCUUCAGACUCUGACC